AUGAAAUUUUUUAAUGAUAUCAAAUUGAAGUUUCGGGAAGAAGAGUUGGAAUAGAAAUACUAGAUAGAAAAAGCUAAUCAAAUUAAAAAACCUGUAUUUUUAUUUAUACUUUUCCUUUCUUUCUGUUCUAAUACAACAGUAUUAGCGCUUCAUUUUUUUGAUAAACCUUUAGAAACUUGGUAUAUAAAUAUGAUAUUUACUGUUUUGGCAGUAAUUUAAGUAAUAUUUAUUCUGAUACUGAAACAGCAUCAAUAUAUUCAAAUUGCAUUAACGUUUAGCAGCAUUUCAAUAGGAAUUUUAUAACUCAAUGUUGACCCUUUAAAUACUACUCAAAAUGAAUUUUAUGCUUAUGGAAGUCUAUUUAUGUUAUUUUAAGCAGUGCUUUUUAUGAUUUCUAAUUUCAAUCAUGCUUUUAUUUAGGUAAUCUGUAGUCUCGCUAUAAGAACAUCAAUUACUACAGUUUAUUCCAAUAGACCUGAUUAUUUAUCCAUAUUUGUUGGGCUAUUUGGUUGUAUUUUAAUACUUAUUACUAUAUAUGUAAAUGAUAAAAAUGCUAGAAGAUACUACAUACAAAAUUUGAAGGAGAACAAUCUAUAAAAAUUAGAGAAAUUUUUGUUUAGCAAGCCUUAUCUUAAAAUAUAAUUUUAUGAAGAUUAAUAAAUUUUUUAAUUACUAAUUUAAAAUCAAAUACGCAAAUUUCCAGGUUAUAAUUAAUAGCAAUGCCAUGGAUGUAAUACUAGAAAUAUGUUAAGAAAUUAUGUUUCGGAAAAUGGAAUAUUAGAGUAAAUUUUAUUAAAUCAGCCUGAUCAAUUAAAGUUUGGUUGUAUUUUAAUGGUUAAAUGUGAAAAAAUUAAAUUCUUAAUUAAGUUGUGUCUUAUUGAUCCUUAAUAUCGUUAAUAUCUUAUAAUAUUUCAAGAAUACUAACAUAAAAUUGUAAGGGUUCUAUAAUAGGAAUAAGAAUAAAGAUAAUUAUCAGAAUUUUUAAAACAAAAUCAACUUUACUAUCACUAAAAAAUAUUUAAUCUAGGAGCUUUUAGUGUUUUACUUUUAAAUAAAUAAGUUAUAAAAAGAUUUGAAUUCAAAUCACUUUUAUAGAAAAUAGUAAGGAUAUACUAAUCCAGAUUUUUUCCAAAUAUUGAAAUCGAAAUUCAAGCAAAAGAUAUAUAACUAUAUAUUUGUUAAUAUCUAAAUUAAUUAAGAAUAUUUUUAAUUUAGAUAUUUGAAAUAAUUUCUGAAAUCUCUUUAUAGGAUAAAGAGAAAAUUAACAUAACUGUUAAUCAAAAUCUUAAUAACAUUGAACUUAAGAUAGAAGGAUUGAAUCAAAAACUCUUUUAAUAAAAGUUUAUAGAAAAUUUUUUUGUUAAUAAAAUUAAAUGCUUAUUAUUAGAUGAUUGCCAAUUUUGUGAAACUUAAUCAAUCUUCCUGUUUAUAAAUUACCCUUUAGGGACAUACUAUUAUAAGAAUUAAUGA